UAUUCCCCGGCAGCCAAGAAGCUGUGGGGAGUCGAAGAGUCGAAGCCCGACGACGGGAAGAGCAUUCUCUUCGGAGACCAAUGGAGAGAUGCUGCGUGGAGCACAGGACACAACUCUGGAUCGGAUACUGGAGGGCUGGGUGUAAAGAUGGUGGAAUAUGUCCUGGGAUCCUCUCCCACUUCCAAGGACACCUUAGACAACAGGAUGGCCAGGCUGCAUCUGGGCAUGAACUCUAACGAUCCAUCCGAGAAGCUGAAGAAGCUGAAAUCUCUCUCCUUCGAUGGUGAAAUGAAAGCGAAAGAGCAAGAGAACGGAGCCGUCAUCCACCAGGCUAACGGAAUCAUGCAGAACGGACUCGGUGAUGACAACGGAUAUCACCACGGGGGCAACAGUCGCCAAUCCAGCCCCAGCGAAGACUUGCAGAAGAAGGGGCUCCUUGGCGAGGGGGCCAAGCUGCCCAAGGCGGAGCAGAUGCUGCCCCCCAACUCCAACGCAGUGGUGCUGGAGGGCGGACCCUUCGAGGGGGGCCUCGACCCCCUCCCCUUCGACUACCCCUCGGCCUUCAUGGACUCCCCCAACCCCCUGGACUACUCGGGACAGAUGGCCUCCCGGAAGAUGAUGAUGAAUCGAGCAGAUGAUAAGUUUGGCUCCUCAAAUUUUUCAUGUACAGACCCUCAGCAUUUUUUCAUGGAAUUGUACCAGCGCAGCCAAGGACAGCCCAUGCCCCUCAUGGGGCAGCAGCAGUUUCCCCUCCAGCAGCAGUCCAAUCCUGCGGCCUCCCCCGCCCCUCCCCCCUUUGCCUCCCACAGCCCCUACACGGUGGUGAAUGCGCAAGACCCCUAUGGAGCUGCCCCCCCUCCCAUGGGGACGCUCAUGCCUGGCCCAGCCAUGGUUCCACAGUAUUAUGGAGUGCCCCCCUGGGGCAUGUUCCCUGGCAUGGUGCAGGGAGGCCAGGGCCAGACGCCCGGGGCACAGGGGCCCCUUUUGAGAGGAGGGGGCGCCAGGCCCAUGACACCUCAAGGCACAGCAGAGACCAUGGCACAGACACAAGGAAUGCAAGGACCAGGUGGUCAGUACCAAGUGAUGGCCCCUUCCUAUUACGAGAAUGGCCAGGUGGCUAUGAUGGGCAAUGCCAGGGGCAUGGGGGCCCCCAUGAGGCUCGUGCCCCCCGUUCUGGUCAAUCCCAAUCCUAACAACAACCCCCCAGGUGCCCUGGGAAGUGGGGCCCUCCGCCUGCUGGGGGCCCAGCAGGGCCAGCAGACCCCCUCGGCCAGCCUCUUCGGGGGCAGCGGGGGGCAAGGGGGACAGCAGCAACAACCCAACUCCAACCCCCUCUACACAUCCAGCUCCAGCAUGACCUUCAGCCACCCCAACUCUGGCCUCGGUUUCUCCGGCAACGGGGGGCAGCUGGGCUACGGGUCGGGGCUCGGACUGGGCCAGGCCCAGGGGGCCCUGGGCUACGGGUCAGGCUCCAUGGGGCCCAUCGGGGCCUCUCUCUCUGCCAUCGGUACAGGCCUGGGCGGCACGGGGGGCUCCCCCAGACGAGACUCCUUUGACCGCCGCGAGGGCCCUGCCUCCCUGGGGGGCGGGGGGUUCUCCGCGGGGGGCGAGGGCUCUCGCUCCCAGCAGAAGGGCAGCGGGGGCCAGUUCUACGGGCCCCUGGGCUCUGUGGCCGCCUCUGGCCCGGGCCCCAUCGGAAUGGUUCCCCCCAGCCAGUCACUCACCCCACCCCCCUCCCUCAAUGGGGGGGCACUCGGAAGCCUCAACCUGGGUGCCUUGGGCUCCAGGAUGUUGAGUGCUGCUCCAGGCGCAGAAGCCAAAUACAUGAUCCGGAAUGGACCCCUCACCAACAAUGUGUUUGGCACUUCUUCCGGAACACUCUUCCCCAGGAACACACUACAGAGGAGUUCGAGCCUGGAAAAGCCCACGGGGCGCAGCCGCCUGUUGGAAGACUUCAGGAACAAUCGCUACCCUAACUUGCAGUUGAGAGACCUGGCAAACCACAUUGUGGAGUUUUCACAAGACCAGCACGGCUCUAGGUUCAUCCAGCAGAAGCUGGAGCGUGCCACCCCGGUGGAGAGGCAACUGGUGUUCCAGGAGAUCCUGGGUGCCGCCUACAGCCUGAUGACGGACGUGUUCGGCAACUACGUCAUCCAGAAGUUCUUCGAGUUCGGGACGGGAGAGCAGCGCCAGGCCCUGGCCCAGAAAGUGAAGGGCCACGUGCUGCCCCUGGCCCUGCAAAUGUACGGAUGCAGGGUCAUACAGAAGGCGCUCGAGUCCAUACCGCCCGAGCAGCAGAAGGAGAUUGUCAAGGAGCUGGACGGCCAUGUGUUGAAGUGCGUCAAGGACCAAAAUGGCAACCACGUGGUCCAGAAGUGCAUAGAGUGCGUCGAGCCCGUAUCCCUGCAGUUUAUCAUCAACGCCUUCCAGGGACAGGUGUUCUCGCUGUCGACGCACCCGUACGGGUGCCGGGUGAUCCAGCGGAUCCUGGAGCACUGCACCUCGGAGCAGACGGGCGGGGUGCUGGAGGAGCUGCACCAGCACACGGAGCAGCUGGUGCAGGACCAGUACGGCAACUACGUGGUGCAGCACGUCCUGGAGCACGGCCUGCAGGACGACCGCGCCAAGAUCGUGGCCUCCGUCAGGGGCAAGGUGCUGCCCCUCUCGCAGCACAAGUUCGCAAGCAAUGUUGUUGAAAAAUGUGUCACCCACGCCUCUAGAGCAGAGAGGGCAAUUUUAAUUGAAGAAGUCUGUACUUUCACCGAUGGGCCCCACAGUGCCUUAUACACCAUGAUGAAGGACCAGUACGCGAACUACGUGGUGCAGCGCAUGAUCGAGGUGGCGGAGCCCCCCCAGCGCAAGCUGCUGCUGCACAAGAUCCGUCCGCACGUCGCCUCCCUGCGCAAGUACACCUACGGGAAGCACAUCCUGGCCAAGCUGGAGAAGUACCUGCUCAAGAACGACCCCUCCACGCCACCCGCCAACGGUCCCAUAUAA